UACUACGUCGGCUUACUCGCGCGUUCUCGCCAGUCGCGAUAGAACGCUCGCGGAGCGUGUGUCGUGGUGCAUUCAACGCGCACUUCAAAUUGAAACCUUAAAUAAAGCUUCAAGCUUUGCUAAAUUAAUAUCGAGACAAUAUAUAUAUAUAUAUGGGUUAUACGACGAGUCUCUGAAUAAUAAUCCGAGGACGUUUCGGUGUAAAAUGUGCGGAGCGAUUUAUUUACACGAAACCGAAUAUCUGUCAAUCGAAGUGCACGCCAGAAGCACCUCCUUGUGCAUUCCCGUCACAGCUUGAUUGUGAUCGGUGGUGAAUCCGUUCGUGUGUUGUGACCACAAAAUUGCUGUAAGACAGUGAACUUGGAUGAUUUCGAUGCUUGUUUGUCUGUUUUGAAGGUUUAUCGUGUGUUGACGCGCGAGCUACAGCAAGCUACUCAGCUGCGAAUUUGAUAAAAGUAAAGAAAAAGGAGGAAUGUUGAAGCACGUGUCGGUCUCGCCGUGGAGAGGGCGAGCGGACAGCGUGAGCCUAUCUUCCAGCGGUGGCGCGAGUAGCUGCGGAAGCGGAAGUCCCACCCCCGGUCACACACCGCCGCCCUCGAGAGCAUCCUCAUGCGCCUCCCUGGCACCCUUAACCGCCCUGUCGAGCUUCUCCCCGGCCGACAACGCGCCCCAACAGACCACGAUCAAAGUCUACGCCAACUGCUUGCGGCCGGACAUCGAAUACAAAACCCUGAGCAUCACCUAUCAGACGACCUGUCGCGAGGUCGUGCAGAAUCUUCUGAAUAAGUAUCGCAUGCGACACCGUGACCCACGAUUGUUUUAUCUGACCAUGGAAGUGACCGUGAGGAGGGCCAACGUGCGCACCGUUCUGCCCCUCGACGAGGACGCAAGGCCAGCCGUCUUACAAUCCUGCCAUCCUCGCGGCGAUUCCAAGUUUUCGUUGCAGACGCGCCGUGGCGGACUCGUCAAAAUAUACGACAGCGCACUCAUGUCCGGGUCUAAAUACAAAAGCCUUCUGGUCUCGGAGCAGACCACCGUAGAUGAGUUAAUCCAGAUGCUGCUGAGUUGCUACAGCUCCAAGGAACCAGUGGAGCAGUUUUCUCUCUACGAGGUCUGCGAAGGUGAAGAGUACCAAAGGAAAUUGCACCCCGACGAUUCUCCACUUAAAGUUACGCAACGAUGGACCAGCGUGGAUCGGCAUCUUCGCAUUAGGCGUAACCCAGACUACAAUCAGCAUAGGCGGAAGAGCAUGUGGGCGUCGGAUUCGAGCAUCACCGUGGCGAUGUCGCGGCUGGAUCUCCGCGACAAUCUUCCUAUUCACUACAAUCCGAGGCUCGACAAUAACAAUCACUUCAGCCUGCACCAUCUCGCUGUGAAAGCCGGCGUCGCCGCUAACAACAAGAACAACAACAAUAAUCACAACAACAACAUCAUUCAUCGGGAUCAGCGCCAUUCGUCGUUGGGUUCCAUUAAUCAGCCGCCGCGCCUCGUUUUACCCCGCAGCACGGAUCUGCCGAAGAUGCAGCUGCCGCGGGUGCAGCCACUCCCGCAGAGCGUCCCGUCGACGCCGCUCUCGACGAAGCACGUGACUGCCUCCUCCUACGCCGACUACGAAAACUAUCUUUUUAUAUAAGCUCGCGUAAGCGUGAUAGAAAUUGCUGCGUCGAUCGCAGAAGUGAGACAGUCAGAGUUACCAGAGACUUGUUGGAAAUGCAAGAAACACACGCGUUGCGUUAAUGGCAAUUGUCUUCGUGUGCAACAUAUAGACUCCAAAUAUUAUGAGCAUUAUAUGAACAGACGUGUACCUUCGAAAUGUGUUAGAGAGAGAGAGAGAGAGAGAGAUUAAUGCCUCUUUUCGAUACAAAUUGACUCUACUUGAUUCUUAUUCGGCUCGAUCAAUUCUACGAGCACGACAAGGCUCGUAAGGAUAUUUAUUAGAGAAAGACAAAAAGUAAAGACACAUUUGAAGAAUCAAACCCUUUAAAAAGGUCCCUUUACUCUUUGACUUUUCCUCGUAAUUUUUGUAUCGAAGGAGACAUCUUCGACCGGGUAUUGUGAUGUCCAAUUAUAUCUCUUAAUGUCUUAAGGAGCGCAUAAAACGCGCAUUUGUAACAGCUGAAACCAUUUAUUUAGCUCUAUUUCAUUACGUUAGCUAAAAUCGCGAGAAAAUCGAUAGUUUCCUAAAUGAAAUUAAAGAAGAAAUUAAAUCACAAUGUUUAAACGCUCGUUUGCAGCUUGUAUUUCGGCCGAUCGAAGGCCGAUAACACUGAACAAAGAGAAUUUACGAUAUUAGAGCUAGUAGUGAGGGAAAUUGUACCAAAGGUAGAUGUACGAAAUUUUAGAUUGCGUAGUAUAUGUAUACAUAUAUAUAAAUAUAUAUAUAAUAUAUGUGCGCUGCAUUCGUCCAAAUGUACGGCGCUCAUCAAGCCUGAUAUAAGAUUGUCAUCAUUUUUAUAAACAUUUGUUUAAAAUAUUUGAAAAAGAAAUAUUGAACCGAUUGCGAUAGGCGCCUCGAGAAUUAAGUUUGUUUUUUUUUUUUUAAUCUUUUAUUGUAUGAAUCAAUAAAUUUAUUAGGUUAACUUUAAUAAUAAACUCGUAAUUGCAUAGUUCAAAAGUGAGGCUCGCUUAUAUGGAGCGAUUUAAUACGCGAAAACGUCAGAAAAGAACUGUAUUAUUAUUUAUUUAUGAAAAUGUAAAACGUUUAGUUAAGCUCGUUUCAAAGCAAUUUUAAAUUAUUGUUAUCUCUCCCGUCUAUGCGAAAUUUUGUGCAAUUCGAUCGAGCAGGACAUCGAAAUUUAUGUAAAUACGACGGACGGGAGGAAAACAUUUCAGUAACGCUCACUGUUAUCGCAUUGAUUAGAAUUGCCGUGAGAGAUUGUAAUAAUCACUUUCAAUAGUAUAUGUAUAUACAUAUCGUUCCUUCUAAUUGCGCGUAAUUAACGUAAUUUACAAAACAUCAAGCACGCUUACCGAUUAUAAACGUAUUUUUUUUGCGCGAAGGCAAACAAUUUUAUCGCAUUAAAGUUAACGAGCUGUAAUACAACAUCUGAAAAUUGUGCGAAACACUUUGAGAGUUACUACGCCGUAAUGACAAUUUUAACGAGAUUUCAUCGUUUCCACGCGGAGGAAACGAUUGAACAUCGCGAUGUUUUAUAUUUUACUGCCAAAGAAUCGGUACGAGAUACGUAUAUAAAAAACAUAGGAUAACACGCGCGUCGGACACGGCAGCCGGAUGUGCGUUUAUUGUACAACAGCCUUCGACGCUUAAUGUCAUCGGCGUGUGUCGAUAAGACGCAUGGUUUUUCACGUCGCACUUAUAUGUCGAAUUAAUGUACCUACGUAGUGUGUAAAUAUCUUUUUGUAUUGUCCGUUUGUAGGAGAGAAUAUCGAAUAAUGAUUUAUGUGUCCUGAAUUA